AUGGUCGACACCGAAAACCUUCGGACGGCAUCGCUGUACAUCAACAACCAGCUCCUCUCGAGAGGACUGCUUCGGGAUGGCCAAACAAUCGACUUCACCAACGCAGGCCACGUGUCGUCGGAAGCUUCGCCGCCCGCCGCCGGACGAAUCAUCGGCCUCGUCAACGACCUGAUACUCCGGCGCGACCGCGAUGCCGAACACCGCGAGUCGCUUUCGGCGGCGAUGCGAAACCUCCGCGCCGACAACCAGAAAAACACGAUCGACGUGGCGCGCCUGGUCGAGAGGAAUGCCGAGGAGAAGCGCCGGGCAGACCUCGCAGCCGCCGCCGAGACGACGCUCAGGGCACAGCUCAAGUCGGCCGAGGCCGCCGCGCGCGCCCAGAAGGAGGAGAUUGUUCGGCUCAAGGCCCUCGUAGCCCAGACGCGCACGACCUGCGCCACAGAGGUACGGCGGCGGGACCGGCAGAUCGACACGCUCAAGAAGCAGCUCGCCGAAGCAGGGAGAUCACGAGGCGCGAGACCGAACCCGGCGGUGGUGACCAUCACCGUCACCGGCGACGUCGGCCCGGCCAAGGAUGCGCUCGCCGUGUCCAACGGCCCGGCCACCGACGGCGGCGAUUUGCUACGAAACGAGACGAAUGCCUUCUUGGCGAAGCUGGCCCGGGAGCUGGGCGACGAGAACGAUGCCGUCCUCACCGUCAUGCAGCGAACCAUGCUGCAGCUGCGAGAAAUGAGCGGGUACCAGCCGGACGCAGCCGAGGACGCGCAGGUUGCCCGACGGCUAGGCUACCAAGAGCUCUCCGUCGAACUGGACGCCGUCAUGGAGCACAUGCGCAGCAUCUUGACCAGCCCAUCGUUUGUACCCAUCGAGGAGGUCAUGAUCCGCGAGGAAGAAAUCAACCGCCUCAAGACCGGCUGGGUCAAGAUGGAAGGCCGUUGGAGGGAAGCCGUGCACCUCAUUGACGGUUGGAGGAAGCGAAUGGCUGCGAGCGGAAGGUCCGUCUGCGACGAGGAGCUGAAGAUGGGCCUGCGCCUGAGCCCCGUGCGUGUCAAGGACGUGGACGAGACGAGACAAUCGCUCACCAUGCCCGACUUGAAGACGACGGCUGAAGUGGACGAGGAAGACGACCAAGGCUCCGACCGCCUGUCUCGACGAUCACCGCGCCCGCCGAGUCAGGAUUCCCUAGAACUCGUCCCCGAACCAAGCUGCGGUGGCCACCUUGCCAUGGACCUGGAGAACGAGAGGGAGAGUGAGCCUGUCGGGAUAGACGGCAACGAGGCUCUCGGCGACGACGACGACGGACAAGGCAUCGAGGCCCCGCCGUUGCAGCGUCCGCAUUCGCCAGAAUCUUCCCCUCUUCCUGAACUGCCACAGAUAAGCCCGCUCAAAAAUUGCACCUCGGCUGGGAACCGGCGUUCCUUGCACAGCGGCCGAACGCAAAGGUCAGGGGAGUGCGGCCCGACUGCCGGAAAUGCGCACAAGGAGCAAGUUGGUAGCGAGGAGAGGUCGAUGCGCUCGCUCCCGGUUCGGCCGAAGAUCAAGGUGCCAACGCAAACCGGCCUUCCCAGAAAGUCCUCGCUGGACGACGCAUUGCUGUCGGCGCCGGUCGAGAGGGCAUACGCCCCUCUUGAUGACGAUGAGCCGGACGAGCCGGACCUUCAUGCGACAGAGCCUGAGCCUGAGCCUGAGCCCGAGCCCGAGCCUGGGCUGCCCCGGAGGGACAUUUCCAAGACACGAAUCACGGAUCGGCCGUCGCUCCCUCGGCAUAACCCUCUAACCAUGUCCGCCAUUGCCGCCAAGCUCGCGGCAUCCGAAAAAGAGGCCAACGCGGCGCUCGAUCGUGCCAAGUCCAAGGCCACGCACGCCGUUCGAGGGGGCGUGAAGCGCCCGACCGUUGCGGCACCUGCUGCCUCUGCCGCUGCCGUCCCUCCUCCCGCCCCGGGGCAUGUCCGAUCUGCAGUCGCAGGAGAGCCAGAGUCUGCCGUCAGCCGCGUCGUCCAUGGCGAGCCCGUCAAGGGCAGCCCGGCUGCUACGAGGAAUGCCCCGCUGCUGCCGAGGCCGGAUAAGCGAAAGAGAGACCGAACGGCGAGCAAGGCAUCCUCGCGGAGGCGCAGCACCCUUAGUCCCCUGGAACUGCAGUCGCUGAUGGCGGGAAGCGUUCCGUGA